UCCUUCUUGCAGAUGGAGUGAGAACCUUUUUUUUUCUCUAUUCCUUUUUUUUUUUUUUUUAACAAUCUGCACUCUUUUUUGUCCGGUCCUUCUUCCGACGUCACGUCCCAUGGGCAUCCGUGCAUCCUGCAGACCGGAGCCUCAUGGCCGUGGAGGUGGUCCUCAGCCGGGCCAGGCGGACUCGCCGCUCCCAGAGCAGGAUGAGGAGAUCCUGGGCUCGGACGACGACGAGCAGGAGGAUCCCAACGACUACUGCAGAGGUGGCUAUCACCAUGUGAAGAUUGGCGAUUUGUUCAACGGAAGGUACCAUGUGAUCCGAAAGCUGGGCUGGGGGCACUUCUCCACCGUGUGGCUGGCCUGGGACAUCCAGGAGAAGCGCUUUGUGGCCAUGAAGGUUGUGAAAAGUGCUGAGCAUUACACCGAGACGGCUCUGGAUGAGAUAAAGCUGCUCAAAUCUGUAAGGCUCAUAUCUGUUGUCGCUCAGGCUUGUUGUCUGGUCAGCUGCACUCCUCACAUCUCUCCUCUGCUGUGUGUUUUCCAGGUGAGGAACACGGACCCCAGUGACCCCAGCAGAGAGAGGGUGGUGCAGUUGCUCGACGACUUCAAAAUCUCCGGCACGAACGGGACGCAUGUGUGUAUGGUGUUUGAGGUACUGGGCUACCACCUGCUGAAAUGGAUCAUUAAGUCGAAUUAUCAAGGUCUUCCCCAACCAUGUGUAAAAAGUAUCAUCCGGCAGGUCCUGCAGGGUUUAGACUACCUCCACACCAAGUGUAAGAUCAUCCACACGGACAUCAAACCAGAAAACAUCCUGCUCACCGUCAACGAGCCGUACAUAAAGAAGAUGGCCGCCGAAGCCACGCAGUGGCAGAAGACGGGCGCGGCGCCUCCCUCGGGUUCUGCAGUGAGCACAGCUCCGGCACCCAAACCAAUGGGCAAAAUGUCAAAAAACAAGAAGAAGAAGAUGAAAAAGAAGCAAAAGAAGCAGGCUGAGCUGCUGGAGAAGAGGAUCCAGGAGAUGGAGGAAGGAGCAGCGCCCGACGGCGGAGAAGAGGAGGACGAGGAGGAGACGACGGAGACAACAGAGGAGACGAGUUCCUCAGCCACCCUCCCCACGUCUGCCACUUUGCAAGAUAUUGCUAAUACUGCAAACACAGACCUGACUCCUGACGAGCAGCCCCAGUCUGCAGACCUCGGUGUGGAGCGAGAGGAAACCACCGAGGAGAACAAGAUGGAGGUCAACUGUAACGGCCGCAUCUCAACGCCAGAGAGCGAGACCAGUCCCGAGGAGCAAGUGACCAAGCAGUCCACAGAGGAACAAGAGGACCAACAGAACGCCAACCGACCGGAGCCCGCCGACACGUUACGCAACCAAGAGGAGCAGCAGACCUGCAACGGCUCGCACGAGGAGGCGGACGCCGGCUCGCAGCAGCCCGCCGACUCCCUCGGCCCAGACUGUGUCACCGUGGAGCUGCAGGACGGAGACAAAGAGGAGGGGAAGAGGGACGACGAGGACACUCGAGGGGACAUCAGGCCAGAGGACGGUGGAGAGGACAGCCAGAGUGAACCAUCAGGCAGUUUAUUGAUCAACCCACUGGAGCCGUUCAACGCCGACAAGCUGCAGGUUAAGAUUGCUGACCUCGGCAAUGCCUGCUGGGUGCAUAAACAUUUCACAGACGACAUCCAGACGCGGCAGUAUCGCUCCCUUGAGGUGAUCGUCGGAGCGGGCUACAGCACACCAGCAGACAUCUGGAGCACAGCCUGCAUGGCCUUCGAGCUUGCAACUGGAGAUUAUUUGUUUGAACCCCAUUCUGGAGAAGACUACUCCAGAGACGAAGAUCACAUAGCACUAAUCAUCGAGCUGCUGGGAAAAGUUCCUCGGAAGCUGAUCUUGGCAGGCAAAUACUCCAAGGAAUUUUUCACCAAGAAAGGCGACCUGCGGCACAUCACCAAGCUGAAGCCGUGGGGCUUGUUCGACGUCCUGGUGGAGAAGUACGAGUGGUCCAAAGAGGAGGCUCACACCUUCAGCAGCUUCCUGCUGCCCAUGCUGGACCUGGUGCCUGAGAGGAGAGCCACCGCGGCCCAGUGCCUGUCGCACCCGUGGCUCACGUCCUAGAGGCCACGCGUUGCACACUGUUGCCCCCCCCCAGCAUCAUGAAAAGGACUGAUUAGAUUCUUAAGGUUUUGGGAUUUAAAAAAAAAAAAAAAAGUAUAAAUUCAUGUCUGCAACAGCCUGCGACCGCAUCGUGCCUGCUCCCUCAUGACGUGGCUCCCACAGACCGACCCCCACACGAGAAA